AUGUCUUUAAUAUUUUGGCCAAUAACUGAUCAAGCAGAUGUCGAUUCAGAAGAAGAUUGGGUGUGUUGUGGAAUAAUGCAUGCCUUUUUUGGUUCGAUGCUUUUUAUGUUUGGAGAACUUACAAAAUUUCCAACAAUGCUGUUUAUAUAUAAAUAUAUUUAUGAAUUUUCAAUUUUGCCUACUGGAUUCUUCAAAGUUGUAUUCAUAAAUGACGAGUUGAUUCAGUGGAUAAUGUUUAUUACUGUAUUGCCUGGAAUUGUUGCAUAUUUAAGAAUUUUAUUGUGUUUAUAUUCACAUGUUUGUGCUGAAUGGCAUCAUAAAUUGGCUAUUAUUUGUAUGGCAAUCUAUUUUAUUAGGCAAGUUUGUAUCCGCAAAAAAUUUGCGGAUUAA